AUGCCUUCUCAAACUAUCAGGUUGUUUAUCAUCCUAGUUUGUUUUGUUUCUGCUCCAUUUGUGGUGGUUCCUGCAGAGCUCAGCUUGGAGAUUGAAAUUGAGGCUUUGAAAGCCUUCAAAAAUUCCAUCACAGAUGACCCAUUUGGGGCACUUGCAGAUUGGACCGAUGCAAACCAUCACUGCAACUGGUCUGGCAUUGCCUGUCAUCCUCCCUCCAAUCAUGUCAUUUCCAUAUCCCUGGUUAGAAAGAACCUUCGAGGUAAAAUCUCCCCAUUCCUUGGAAACGUUACCAGCCUCAAGGUUCUUGAUUUAACUUCAAACUCUUUCACUGGGCACAUUCCAACUCAGUUGGGGCAUUGCUCUCAGCUUUUAGAGCUUACACUCUAUGGGAAUUCUCUUUUUGGUCCCAUCCCAGCAGAAUUAGGAAACCUUGGAAAUCUUCAGUCCUUGGAUUUUAGCAGUAAUCUCUUAAAAGGAAAGAUUCCUGAAAGCAUGUGCAACUGGACGUCCUUGAGAAAGCUCGAUGCCAGCCUCAAUAAACUUAAUGGCACAAUCCCAACUGGCAUUGGAAAUUUGGCUAAUCUCCAGUCUUUAGACCUAAGUAAAAACCAAUUAUCGGGGGACAUACCUCGGGAAAUUGGGAAUUUAUCAAAUUUAGAGUCACUUCAGUUGUUUGAGAAUAAGCUUUCUGGGAAAUUUCCAUCUGAGAUAGUUCUUUGUAAGAGGCUUGUUACUCUAAGCGUAUUUUGGAAUUCCAUUACAGGGAUUAUUCCGUUGAAUAUCUGCUCACUUCAAAAUUUGGAGAUCCUAUACCUGGGUUUCAACGAACUCAAUGGAUCCAUUCCCUCUUGCCUUUCCAAUUGCACACAUCUUGUCCAGAUAGAUUUGUGUAUGAACAGAUUAAUUGGGAAAAUUCCUCAGGGUUUAGGGAAGCUGCAGAACCUAACAUCCCUUAUUCUUGGGGAUAAUAAUAUGUCAGGGGAGCUUCCAGAUGACCUUUUUAACUGUUCAAAUCUAAAUAGACUUGUUAUAUCUUUAAAUGGUUUUGAAGGAAUGCUGAGACCGGGUUUGGGCAAACUCAUUAAUCUACAGUUUCUGCAAGCCGGUGGAAAUUCAUUGGCAGGGCCAAUUCCACGGGAGAUUGGCAAUCUAACUCAAUUGAUCUGCUUAGAUCUUUCUACAAAUAACUUUUCAGGUCUAGUUCCUCCUGAAUUAUCAAAACUCUCGCUCCUUCAAGGUCUUUUUUUGCAUGAUAACAUGCUAGAAGGUGCAAUUCUUGAGAAACUUUUUGAUCUAACACGUUUGACUGAUCUAGAGCUGCAAAAUAACAGGUUCAUAGGUGCAAUUCCAGAUGCACUAUCUAAUCUUAAGUUGCUUUUAGGCUUACAUCUCAAUGGAAACAUGCUUAAUGGGUCCAUCCCAAAAAGUAUAGCCUAUCUUAGUGGACUGAUGUCGUUGGAUCUCUCUCACAACCAUCUCACAGGAUCCAUUCCUGGGUCUGUGAUUGCAGGUAUGAGAAGCAUGCAGUUAUAUCUGAACUUAUCAUACAACCUUUUAACAGGAGCCAUUCCAAAUGAGCUUGGUAUGUUGGAAAUGGUACAAACCAUCGACAUCUCAAAUAACAAACUUUCAGGAAUCAUUCCUGAAACGGUUGGAGGCUGUAAAAAUUUGUUUUCACUUGACAUAUCUACCAAUGAACUUUCUGGUGAAAUCCAAGAAAAUUUUUUUACACAAAUGAUUUUGCUUACUAGAUUGAACCUUUCAAGAAAUCUGUUCAAUGGUGGACUCCCUAAAAGUUUGGGGAAUCUCAAGCAUCUUGUUUCCCUUGACCUUUCUCAUAACAGGUUCUAUGGCUUAAUUCCUGAAAGCUUUGGCAGUCUCUCCUCCUUGAAAACUUUGAACCUUUCUUUCAAUAAACUUGAAGGACCUAUUCCAAAGACUGGUAUAUUUAGAAACAUUAGUAUAUCCAGUUUUGCUGGAAACCUGGAUCUUUGUGGGGCUGCCUUUCUCCACAACUGUAGCAAACAAACUGCUUGGCAUAGUUUCUCUAAAAAAAUUGCAAUAAUUUUCCUUGCAUUUGGAGCAGCUUUUUUGGUUAUUGUUUCCCUCAUCAAAUACAUUACGGUGCAUAAAAAACAAGGGGCUGUGAAUCUGGAACCAGAGUAUAUUUCAGCAUUAGACCUUAAGAGAUUUGACCAUAAGGAUUUAGAAAUGGCUACAAAUAUAUUCAGUGAAGAGAACAUCAUUGGUGCUAGCAAUUUGAGCACAGUAUAUAAAGGCAAGUUGGACAAUGGACAGAUUAUAGCUGUAAAAAAAUUGAAUUUGCACCAAUUCUCAUCAAAGUGCUUCAACAGAGAGAUCAACGCCCUAAGCCAGUUGAAGCACAGAAAUCUAGCCAGGGUACUUGGUUAUGCUUGGGAGAGUGGGAAGCUAAAGGCUCUAGUUCUGGAAUAUAUGGAGAAUGGAAACUUGGAGAGCGUUAUCCAUGAGCCCUACACUGAUCAUUCGAGGUGGACACUGUCAGAGAGAAUCAAUGUUUUUGCUUCUAUUGCAAGUGCCUUGGAUUACUUGCAUUCAGGUUAUCAUGUCCCAAUAGUUCACUGUGACCUAAAGCCUUCUAACAUUCUCCUUGAUGGAGAUUGGGAGGUCCAUGUGAGUGAUUUUGGAACAGCUCGAGUUCUUGCUGUUCACCUCCACAACGGAUCCUCAGGGCUUGCAUUCGAAGGCACCAUAGGGUAUCUUCCACCAGAAUUUGCAUACAUGAGGAAAGUUACGACAAAAGUGGAUGUAUUCAGCUUUGGUAUAAUAGUGAUGGAAUUCUUAACUAAGCGGAGGCCAAUAGGGCUCACCCAAGAGGAUGGUUUGCCAAUUACUUUGCAUCAACUUGUGGAAAUAAGCCUUCAGUGUGGAAGGAAUCGACUUCUUGAAAUUGUGGAUUUGGAUCUAGCUUCAAGCAUUUUUGAUGAGAAACAUGUCGAAAUAAUUGAAGAACUCCUUCAACUAGCGUUGUCAUGCACCUGUCCAGAGCCUGAGGAACGACCGCAUAUGUGUGAAGUAUUAUCUUUCUUAUUGAAGCUAAAGGCAGCGUGCUGUCGAAAUGUUUAUGCAAAAGGCUUUCUUAAGCUACAACUCAGCCCAUUUAACUCUCAACAUUCACAUGGGGAAGGUUAG